AGGAAUUCCUUGUCAAGCAUUUGGUACAUUUUUGUAUAAAAGGCACUCCAUUUAAUGCAGACUUACAUUAAGUAAAAGCAGCAGUAAUGUCUGCGGUAUUGUUUUUCCUGUUCUGCGCAUGCGCGGUUGGUCUGGAAGCGGCCCUCAUUACCCCGCGAUACAAUAUCGAGGAUGCUGAGCAGCACUUCGAGAACUUCAUCCGGAAGCACAACCGAGAGUACGCCCACGAACAUGAGAAGCACGCCCGGUUCCAAAUAUUCAAGGAGAAUUUAGAAAAAAUCUUGCAUUUGAACGAAAAACACAAAACUUCGGCUUUCGGUAUAACCCAAUUUAUGGAUCUGACAGUUGAAGAGUUCCGUAACAAGUACAUGGGAUUGAAUGUUGCAGACUAUAAGUCUGACUGUCCGUACAAAACUGAUGCAGAUAUCCCUGACUCUGAUGCUCCGGAGAGUUUUGAUUGGCGAGACCACAAUGCGGUUACACCGGUUAAGGAUCAGCAUCAUUGUAGAAGUUGUUACGCUUUUAGUUCGAUCGGAAACAUUGAGAGCCAGUACCUAAUUAAAAACAAACAAGCCCUGGAUUUAUCUGAACAGCAGGUUGUUGAUUGCGAUAGAAGAAAUCAUGGAUGUUCUGGUGGUAUGAUGUCAAGCGUCUUUAGGUCCAUCAUUGAAGCUGGGGGGGUUGCAUCUGAAGGUGAUUACCCCUACGUAGGUGAAGAUGGCAAAUGCGCAUUCGAUGCAAGCAAGGUGGCAGUGAAAUUAGCCGGGUGUCACUCCUACAACCUGACAUCACAGGAGAAAGUGAAGCAACUUCUGCAUCAAUACGGACCUAUCUCCAUCGCAAUCAAAGCUGAAUCAUUAAUGUUAGUUGACGAGAGCAACGUUAUACCGGAUUCAGUAUGUGACCAAGGAUCAAUCGAUCACGCUGUGCUCUUGGUGGGAUAUGGAACCGAGGGUGAGCCACACUGGAUUGUGAAGAAUUCUUGGGGUACCGAAUCGAUGGACCAUGGUUACUUCAAAAUGCAACGUGGUGAAAACGCGCAGUCCUGUGGCAUGAUGAACGAUAUAAUGGCCGGAUCAGUUCUCGCAUAGAUCAAGUCAAGCAACGGCAUCGAUUAAAACUAUUGUACUUCAAGCAUUUCAAAAAUUUCGUAUUUUUUUUUUGAUGAUUCUGCCAAUCAAAGAUUUUGUAAAAAAUAUAU